GCAGCUGGAGCAGGCAGGAAGGCUUCCGGGAUGUGGCGGGGCCUGUAUCCCUUGCUGCUGGAGUUCCGCGUCUCAUCUUUACUCCUCUGUGUCCUCUGCUCUUAGAGGUCUAUUCUCUGCGGCCCUGUGACCUGCAGGUAUUGGGAGCUGGGAUCCCCCCGGAAGCCUAGAAAUGGAGACGCUGACAUUUAGGGAUGUGGCCAUAGAAUUCUCUCUGGAGGAGUGGCAAUGCCUGGACACUGCUCAGCAGAAUUUAUAUAGAAAUGUGAUGUUAGAGAACUACAGAAACCUAGUCUUUUUGGCAGGUAUUGCUGUCUCUAAGCAAAACCCGGUCACCUGUCUGGAGCAAGGAAAAGAGCCCCGGAAUAUGAUAAGAUAUGAGAUCAUGGCCAAACCCAAAGCUAUGUGUUAUUUUCCCAAGAACCUUUGGCCAGAGCAAGACAUGAAAGGUUCUUCUAAACAGGUGAUACUGAGAAGAUAUGGAAAAUGUGGACAUGAGAAUUUACAGUUAAGAAAAGGCUGUGAAAGUGUAGAUGAGUUAAAGGUGCACAAAGAAGGUUAUAAUGAAGUAAGCCAGUGUUUGACAGCUACUCAGAGCAAAAUAUUGCAAUGUGAUAAAUAUGUAAAAGUCUUUCAUAAAUUUUUAAAUUCAAAUAGACAUAAGACAAGACAUACUAGAAAAAAACCUUUCAAAUGUACAAAAUGUGACAAAUCAUUUUGCAUGCUUUUACACCUAAGUCAACAUAAAAGAGUUCAUACUGGGGAGAAUUUGUACCAAUGUGAAGAAUGUGGCAAAGCCUUUAAGUGGUUCUCAACCUUUACUAGACACAAGAUAAUUCAUACUGGAGAGAAACCCUUCAAAUGUGAAGAAUGUGGCAAAGCUUUUAAGCAGUCUUCAACCCUUACUACACAUAAGAUAAUUCAUACUGGAGAAAAACCCUUCAAAUGUGAAGAAUGUGGCAAAGCUUUUAAGCACCCCUCAACCCUUAGUACACAUAGGAUGAUUCAUACUGGAGAGAAACGCUACAGAUGUCAAGAAUGUGGCAAAGCCUUCAGCCGGUCCUCACAGCUUACUACACAUAAAAGAAUUCAUACUGGAGAGAAACCCUACAAAUGUGAGGAAUGUGGCAAAGCCUUUAAUCGAUUUUCAUACCUUACAAAACAUAAAAUAAUUCAUACUGGAGAGAAAUCUUACACAUGUGAAGAAUGUGGCAAAGGCUUUAACUGGUCCUCCACCCUAACUAAACAUAAAAGAAUUCAUACUGGAGAGAAACCCUACAAAUGUGAAGAAUGUGGAAAAGCCUUUAGUGUGUCUUCAAACCUUGCUACACAUAAGAUGACUCAUACUGGGGAGAAACCCUACAAAUGUGAAGAAUGUGGCAAAGGCUUUAGUUGGUCCUCAACCCUUACUAAACAUAAGAUCAUUCAUACUGGAGUGAAACCUUACAAAUGUGAAGAAUGUGGCAAAGCUUUUAACCAAUCCUCAAACCUUACUACACAUAAGAUAAUUCACACUGGAGAGAAAUCUUAUAAAUGUGAGGAAUGUGGCAAAGCUUUUAGCCAUUCCUCAAUCCUCACUACACAUAGGAGAAUUCACACUGGAGAGAAACCCUACAAAUGUGAAGAAUGUGGCAUAGCUUUUAACCGGUCCUCAAAACUUACUAAACAUAAGAUAAUUCAUACUUGAGAGAAAUCUUACAAAUGGGAAGAAUGUGGCAAAGUCUCUAACUAAUCCUCAACUCUUACUAAACAUGGGAAAAUUUAUACUGGGAAGAAACAACCAACUCUGAAGAAUGUGGCAGUGCUUUCAACCAGUCCUCAUAUAUUAUUAAACAACAAAAUUCAUACUGCUAAGGAAAAUCUACAAGUGUGAAAAAUGUGGCAGAGCCUUUAACCAAUCUUCAACUUUUUUCUUUUUUUUGAGACAGAGUCUUGCCCUGUUGUCCAGGCUGGAAUACAAUGGCACACUCUUGGCUCACCGCCACCUCCACCUCCUGGGUUCAAGCAAUUCUCCUGCCUCAGCCUCCCAAGUAGCUGGGAUUACAGGUGCGCACCACACCCAGCUAAUUUUUGUAUUUUAUGUUAUUAAGUUUCAUCAUGUUGGUCAGGCUGGUCUCAAACCCCUGACCUCAUGAUCUGCCCGCCUCAGCCUUCCAUAGUGCUGCAAUUACAGGUGUGAGUCACUGUGCCCGACUCAAUCCUCAACUCUUAACUAAGCAUUAAAAAAUUUGUACUGUACAGAAAUGCUAUGAGUGUGAAAAACAUAGCAAAGCCUAAAAAGCCUUUAACUGGUCAUCACACUUAAUUGUAGGUAAGAUAGUUCAUAGUGGAGAAAAUGCCUACAUGUGUGAACAAUGUGGCAAAACUUUUAGCCAAUGUUCACACCUUACUGCAAAGGAAAGCAUUUAUAAUUGAGAUAAAUUACACAAAUAUAAAGACUGAAAAGGCCAUUAAUAUCUGCUCACAUCUUAACACCGGAGAGUAAUAAAAGCAUUAUAUGUACAAUUACUGUCAGAAGAUCUUUCAGAUAAUAUAAGCUUUUGACCAGGUGCAGUGGCUUAUGCCUGUAAUCCCAGCGCUUUUGGGAGGCUAAGACAGGUGGAUAAUGAGGUCAGGAGUUUGAGACCUUUGGGGUUCUGUCAGGAUGGUGAGAGAAAUUGUAAAAUUAUAGGAAAUAAGCACACACCCUCUUGGAAGGCCUGGGGGUUUACAUAAAGUGUUUGGCUGAAGGCAGAACUAUCUUAAAAGCUUAGGGUGUAGAUACAAAGGAAUGCAGAGUACUUUAAAUGGCUUGUUUCCUCCUGUGGUUCUAAGACCAACCUAUGACCAACUGCAGGUGCAUAAUUGCUCUCUACUCGGGGAGUCAGCAACCAGGUAAAUUACCCUCUAGUGAUGUUUCUUCAAGAUCUGUGUCAUUUAAUCUAUACUUAAUAAAUGUGAGUGUUGCUGGCUGA